AUGAGACGUCAUCUUCGUACGGACGCCACAGCUCCCGCUGACCAUCGAGGUCGUGCGCGGCGGUCAACACCGAGGGGGCGAACUCAGCAGACCGCGGCCCGCCGUCCGAACAUCGGCGGUGCCUACUCUCGAUUCGAAUAUGUUCGAUCGCCCGCUGGUUUCAGUUCAGCCCCUCUCCCCGCACCACACUCAUGGGCACUCGCCUCUCCUUCACAGAGCCGCCCUGUGAGUUGGGCGGUUGACAGCGCCGCUGUCGCCAGUCCUAGCGACGCACCUUCUUCAGGUUUCGCCAGUUCAGAGUUUAGGGCAAAAUCCUUCCACCGCAGCGAGCGGAAGGUUUCUCUCGGAGAUGUGCAUGCCCUCGAUAAGUUAUAUCCAUUGCAAACCUCGUUGGACGAUGGCGACAACCCAGCGGCAGUCGAUUCAGCGAAGAAGUCACCGGAGCACGGAUGGAUUGACCAAGGGUCAUCAUUUCCUACAGUGGCAGGCCUUCCCUCGGAAGGCAGCGGGGGAGCGUCUCUGCGCCAAUGGGCAGAUCUAUCUCAGCCUGAACGCGUGAAGAGAUCUGAACUCACUCUAGGUCAAGCUGCUCUGGCGCAGAUUCUGGCUGUGCAGCGGCCGAGCGCGACCCGUCCAUCCGAGCAACCACUAGUGAGUGUGGAGGGUUCCACAUCUGUGCGCGGCGCUAGAGGCGGCAGUCGGCAACUCCCUGGCAAAAAUAGGAUUCCUCAGAUUUCGAGCCUUUAUCCUAUCCCAGAGCAAGAUCGACAGUCCACGUUCCCUGCGGGGAAUCGCAGGUCUUUCGUGGAGAUGGCCGAAGAGACCGGCGCCUCAUCACCGGCCCCAUUUUCUGAGAACCCAGCACUCGCGGCGAGCAUUGAUCGUCUGCUGCCUCCUCAAAUGAGUUACACAGUUCACGGCCCCGGCCAAAAAGUCCUGACUCUGACGCGUGCGGCUCUGCUGGGCAUCGGCAACAUAGGAAUCGUAGUGGAGUUCGUGGACCCGAGCACGGAGGCGCGGCACGCGGCGAAACUUUUUUACAAGGAAGUUGCCCCAACGACUGGCUCCUACAGUGCCGCUGUGGACGCCGUGCAGCGCCGUCUAGAGAGAGAAACGGCAGGCCUCAAGGCACUAGACGCGAAGGCGAAGUCCGUCGCGGAUUUGGUGAAGGGAGGCUUCAUGGCCAGCGCAGGCACACACAAACUGGUGGCUACAGCCGGAGCUGGAGGUCAAUUGCUCGGCACAAACUUGAUUGAUCCCAAUUACUCCGGACUCCCAGGCCACCAGCUCCUAAUUCUCACGUCUUUUAUCCUCUUGCCUUUAGUGGGGCCCAGUUUAGCCUCCUUGCGAGAUGACGCGUAUACGGACGAAGCGCUGAAAUAUUUAUUUUACAGACUUGCAACGAGCGUCGCCGCCCUCCACACCGACGGCCUGAUCCACGGCAAUAUCAGGGCCUCCAGCAUUCUCCUCAACGCAGCUUCAGGAGAAGCGGUCCUGUCCAACUUCGCUGCUGUAACCCCGACAGGCAGCGCUCUGGCAGCGCGCGAGUGCUUACACCCCACACAAUUUGAUCCCCAACGCGUGCAGGCCUUCUUUGAUAGCGGCGCCCACCUGCCGGCGACGGAGGAGCUAGACUCGUGGAACCUGGGCCAGACUCUCUUUCAGUUGGUCUGUGGCUCUAAGCGGUCUGCGUGGGGUCUCACGCAGACGUACUCGACACUUGCUUCGGAGCUGACGGGCGACUCGGCUACAGAAAAAUACUGUCGAGAAUUUAUCAGGGUAGUGAACCGGGCAACUUUCGACAGCUUUUGCCCUGCUCUGACUGGAGUGAAAUCGCAGCUCCUCAGGCUAGUCAAGCUGCUCUUAGAUCCCGCCCGUGACACGCGAAGGACUGUUCACCAGCUGGUAGAACAACACCCUUUCUUCCGCGUCGUCGAAGAUGAGUGA